AUGGCGCUUUCUUUUCUCGUUAACUGCGCGGGUUCCGAGGUCCCCUCCAGAGUGUCCCGGAUUCCCCGGGGACUCGGAGAGCGAAUGAGACUACGAACGUUCCUAGUGUGUGUUAGCACGUUCCUGCUGUUAUACACUCUAUCGUUUUCCGGGUGCUUCCGGGUUCUGGCUGACGGAGCAACCGACCCAAGAUGUGUGAGUACAGGGCCUGUGACCAGGUGCACUUGCGAGCGAAGCCCCGGCUCUAACACGCCACUGACAGCAACCCUUUCUAAAGAGAAAAACGUUCUUGAAAUCGGCUGCAGCCAAUCUGACCUGAAAUGUGCUCCCGAAGAGCUGGGUACCAAUGAGGUCUGCCCUUCUACCACAACCAGCCUGAAGGAUUGCAAAAAUGGAGACGCACGAACCAGCACCACAAAACCUAUUAAUAUCAACACCCUUCUCAGUGGUUCCUCAACAGCCGUAUCCUGGCAGUCAUGUGAAGACGUUGGUGAAGUUCCGUGCACCAAAAAAAAGCUAACGAUCCCUCCUGAAAAUUUUCCUUUUGUGGACCAAAAGUUCGUUGUCGGUUGCGUAGAUGACACCAAGGCGAAUGACAAAAUGACGGUGACGGUGACGCUGGAAGCGAGAGCAAGUGCGACGGAAGAUCACAUCGUCAAAUGUGCGUACGGAAAGAAUAGCAAUCCAACACACCAAACAGUCACCCUGACUCCGGAGAAGAACAGCUUCACUCUUGUGUGUGGCGACAAGGGAGACGUUCUCCCGACAAAUUACAAAGAGGAGUACUGCGUGAGUGAAACCGGGACGGAAGCAUCCGAGUCCUGCACUGGAGCGUACGACGGCAUUUUCCCGAAUUUCGAAACGACCUGGUGGACCACAACAGCAAACAGCAAUGAGUACAAGUUCACGAUUCCAGAUGGGCAGUUCCCGGCGGAGGAACAGAAAAUUACAGUUGGCUGCCAGAAGAAGACAGCCGGUGAAACUGAGAAGAACAGACACGGAAGUGAGAAAGAAGACGAAGCGAAGUCGACCGUGUGCAGCGUUGAUGUGACGAUUGUGGCAUCUGCAGCAUCAUCUGGGGCCUUGACUAGUGGCAUGGCCGUUCUGUUGCUAUCAUUGGCGGGAUUUUCUCCUUACCUCUGCUGCAGUGAGUUAUUUUCUUGA